AUGACUGGAAAUUUGAGAAACCUGCAGAGCCGUGUACCUGCGGGUGAUAGUGAGGUGGUGAACCAGGUCCCCCUGGUCCUUAUGGUCCUCCAGGAGACCCUGGUAUUGGACAGCAAGGAAGUAAGGGGGAAAGAGGUCAGGAAGGAAGAACAGGGGCGCCAGGACCGAUUGGCAUUGGGGAGCCAGGCCAGCCGGGUCCCCGUGGUCCUGAGGGAGCACCAGGAGAGAGGGGCUUACCAGGAGAAGGAUUUCCAGGACCAAAGGGUGAGAAAGGCUCUGAAGGACCAACUGGCCCACAAGGAUUACAAGGCCUGUCAAUCAAAGGGGACAAGUCUUAUGAUGUUACCUGGUGUUGAAUUUAUGCAGGGGGCCCAAGGACCUCACGGACCAGUGGGUGCUCCAGGACUCAAAGGGGAUGGCUAUCCUGGUGUGGCUGGACCUCGGGGACUACCAGGACCCCCUGGGCCAAUGGGCUUACGUGGAGUGGGGGACACUGGCGCAAAGGGAGAGCCUGGUGUCAGAGGCCCCCCAGGCCCCUCUGGGCCUCGGGGCAUAGGAACCCAAGGGCCAAAGGGAGAUAUUGGGCAGAAAGGCUUGCCUGGCCCUCCUGGUGCUCCUGGCUAUGGAUUACAAGGAAUUAAAGGGGAGCAAGGACCCCAAGGCUUUCCAGGGCCAAAGGGCUUGACAGGCCGUGGCCUCCCUGGCCAAAAGGGAGAGCAUGGAGAACAGGGUGCUAUGGGAAAGAAAGGCGGUAAAGGGGAAAUUGGAGAGCCUGGAUCCCCAGGAAGACAGGGGUUACAAGGACCAAAGGGAGACGUAGGACUUACAGUGAGUAUCCAUCCUAGAGGAUAUAAACCAAAAAUGGAAGCAGAGACUAAAAGUUUAAGGAAAAUGAUUGGAGGAAAAUAA